AUUUGCAAGUAUGCCCACAGACCAGCCGCUAGGCACCGUGCACUGGUCGGACCUCAAGCGCGGCGACGAGUGGGUCGACGACAGCGCGCGCGCAUCCUGCUACACCUGCGACCGCAAGUUCACACCGUUCCGCCGCCGCCACCACUGCCGCAUGUGCGGCGAAGUGGUCUGCGCCGCGUGCACGGGCUUUGUCAACAUGGUGCCGGCGGGCGGCCCGCCGCGUUCGAUCCGCAUUUGCACCGGUUGCAUCCUCAAGAACCGGACGCGGUAUGCGACCGACCGCCCCGCGCACCACCGCAGCGCGACCACGCCCGUGACGCGUCCGUUGGCCGCCAUGGCCAUCUCGGCACCGGGCAAGCGGUCGCAGCGCCACCGCGGACCCACGUCUUCACAGGCGACGAUGCUCAUGCAGUCGGACCGACCGCGCGUCUCGGAUGCGUCGAGCGACGUCGGCACGUCGGGCGACUGGGACGACGGCGACGGGAUGCUUCAUUUUAGCGCAUCGAGCAUCAGUGACGCGAUCGCAACGCUGCCGCCGCCGCCGGUGCCAAUCAACGAAGCCGCGCGACUCGCCGCGUUGCACAAGUUUCAGAUUCUCGACACGCCGCCCGAGCGUGCGUACCAAGCGAUUUCGGACCUCCUCGCCAAAGGCUACAACUGCCCGUACGCUGGCGUGAGCUUUGUCGACGCCGACCGGAUCUGGUACAAGGCCGUGACCGGGGUCCACGUCGACGCGCUGCCGCGGGCCGUCUCGUUCUGUAGCCACGCCAUCAUGAGCAUGCAGCCGACGAUCAUCCUCGAUGCGUCGACGGAUAUCCGUGUUCAACACAACCCGCUCGUGACCAGCGACAUCCACAUUCAGUUUUACGCUGCCGCACCGAUCGUCGCGGACGGCCAGCACGUCAUUGGCACCGUCUUUGUGUUCGAUACCAAGCCGCACAAGGCCAUGAUCGCCGAAGCGUACCUCACGAGCAUGGCCACGAUGGUGCGCAAGCAGCUCGAAGCGCGCAUCCAGCAAGCGCCGCGCGUGAUUGUCUCGGGGCCGGUGGUCGCCGCGGUGGCACCAACGGCGCUUGUCGCACCACCGGCGUGGCGUGGCCAAGACGCGACGCCCAACGAAAUGCACUCGAUGCUGGCGACGCUGCUGGACCGCACCAAGGACGUCCAGGCGCAGCUUGCUUCGCAGCGAGCAAGCCAGCCCUAGUACGUUAAAUCUAUAUAUUCGAUAGAGUGAGAAGGCGA